CCCUCUGACUUACAGGAUGAACACCCUCCAGGCUCUGGUUCUCUUGGCUGCAGGCCUCUCUGUCGCCCACUCAUUGGACUACAAGGCACUCACCCAGUUCAGAAGGAUGAUCCUGUGUGUGAUGCCUGAUAGCUGGCCUGUUUUUGACUACGCCGACUACGGUUGCUACUGUGGAAAGGGAGGCUCCGGCACACCUGUGGAUGAUCUGGAUAGGUGCUGCCAAGUGCAUGACCAGUGUUACUCUGAUGCAAUGCAACACCCUGAGUGCUGGCCCAUCCUCGACAACCCGUACACCGAGUUUUAUGACUACAGCUGCGACAAGGCAAACAAGAAGGUCACCUGUGGCAACAAAAACAACGAAUGCGAGAUGUUCAUCUGUGAGUGUGACAGGAAGGCCGCCGAGUGCUUUGCCGUGUCACCUUGGAACCCUGAGCACGAGCACCUGCCCAGCAACCGCUGUCAGUAAAGACCAAACUACUGUAGUAAAUAUAUGUGUUGAUUAUCCUUGGCAUAUUAGAAAUAUUCACAUAUUGACCGUAUACAUUUUGCCCAUGCAUGUCUCAUAGUUACUGUAUGGCAGUCCACUGAUAUUGGCGACCCAUAACCAUCCAUCACUUUUCAUCUGCUGAUUUUUUUUUGUUGUUGUUGUGUUUGUAAUUUUGCAGCU